AUGGCUUAUCAUGCGGUCAAGGGCGGGAUCGAUCAUGCAGGCUUGUCGAGCUAUGCACUUCCACCAGGACAGCAAACUGGCAAGUACUCGCAGCACCUGAAGAAACAUCUUCCACUUCAAUCAACCGCACCAGAGCUCAACGCACUCCAGCUGCCAAUGAACAUUAGGAACAGACGUGUUUCAAAGAAGGUUGUUUGCACGCCGCUGCAUGAAGCGCUCGAGGCAGAACUUAACAGGCUGGAAGAUCGAGGGGGUCAUGUGGAACCGCCACCGCAGAACGAGUGGUCCACUACUUUCAGACGGCACCCCCGCAGAGUUGUUGCUGGAGAUGACCGCAAGGUCUACCCCGUGGCGCUAUACCUCGACGGGAUCAAGUUCACGCGGAGCAUUGGCCCUGGUAAAGCCGACAGCGCCAUGCUUAUUACUGGGUAUAACCUGAUGACGUACAAACGCCACGUCUUGUACGUCCUGAGCAAGCGAGAGAUGUGCCGCUGCGGGUGCAGAGGAUGGGACACGCUGUGGGGGUGCUUCAACCACCUUCGAUGGAGUCUCAGCGCGGCUGCUGACGGCACGCGCCCUCUCGUGCGAUGGGAUGGCCAGCCAUGGGAUGCAAGUUCGAUGUACGCAGCGGCAAAUCUGGAGUCGACAGAGCUGAAGAACCGAUACGUGGUAGUGCAGAUCAAAGCAGACUUGGCCGAGCUUUGCGGGAGCCUUGGCCUCCCCACGUGGGCCAGCAUCAACAACCCUUGCUUCAUGUGCGGCACGUGCAAGUCGGACAUGUUCGAUUUCACUGGUGUUGGCCUCGACGACAACCCAUGGGGGAACAAGACAGCCACCUACGACAACGUUUGCACCAGCUGCGAGCAUGAGACGCGGAAGAUACCGUUCACCGUAAUGUUUUGGCGGUCCCACUACGAUCACAAACAUCGGAAGCUUGAUUGGACAAACUGUCGGAACCCGCUGUUUGCUCCUCAAUUGGGAAUAUCAAUUGACACGCUACGGUUAGACACGAUGCACACGCUUUACCUCGGCGUGUUUUCGAGAUACGUUCACGCAGUCAUUACUUCAGUUAUCCAGGAAAACAUGUACGGCAUUGAUGGGCGAAAAGAAGACGUUGAGGACGUCACGUGCAGGCUGCUAUUCAACGAUUACAAGCAGUGGUGCAUCGACAACCAGGUUGACCUUUCUUACCAGCUCAACACUCUGUUGCCCACCAUGGUGGGCGUUGACGGACCAUUCAUCAAAGCGAAGGCAGCCGAGACAGGCGUUCUGUUGAGAUGGGCAGCUGGAUUUUGUUCAAGUGAGGGACACAGGCUCAACAACGGUGAGCUCCUGCGUGUUGCGGGUGAUACACUCGUGGAAUAUAUUGAUAGAUUGAGGGCGUCUGCAUUCAAGGUGCCAUGGAAGACGUGCCAGGAGUUGCUGGAUUUGUGCUUGAGGCACAUCUUUGUGAUGACGGAGAUGGGCUUCUCAUCGACACCAAAGUUUCACAUGUGGGUGCACAUGACGUGUAAUAUACCACAGCAUGGUAACCCAGUGUUCUACAGCACGUUUGUCGACGAAACCUUGAAUUUGACAGUCGCCCGCAUGUCGGCGUCUGCGCAUCGUGCCACAUGGGAGGAGAGCAUCUUCCUGCGGUGCAGAUUAUUGCCUGUCUUGCAGGCUGACACUUACUUGGCAUGUGUUUAG